AUGGAGCCCCGCUCGCUGUUCAAGAUCCUAGCUUUGGCCCUUUGCAUAAGGCCCGACCAAGCGAAGACCAACUCCCUGGUCCUCCAGUUCAGUGCUCCAGGAGACUUUGUGAUUGGCGGACUGUUUGCGUUUCACUCCAAGGUGCGGUAUGAGGCCCAGCCACAGAUUCCCACGUGUUACAGCUUCUACACACGUGGCUACCAAAGGCACCUCGGCAUGCACUUCGCCAUUGAUGAAAUCAACAACUCCACCUCCCUGCUGCCUGGCAUCAAACUUGGGUACGAAAUCCACAACACCUGCAAUAACGUGGUCGUCGCUACGAAGCCAACCAUCACCUUCCUUUCCAAAUACCCCAGCGACAGCGGCCUCGAAGCACAAUGCAAUUACACCAACUACAAGCCCCGUGUCAUUGCCGUUGUGGGUCCUGACAGUUCAGAACUGAGCAUGGUGUUGUCCCGACUCUUAAAUUUUCUUUCCAUCCCUGAGAUCAGCCACGCAAGUACCAACGAUAACCUGAGCGACAGAGAACUGUAUCCGUCCUUUUUCCGCACCGUUCCCAGUGACAAGAACCAGGCUCAAGCCUUGGUCCAGCUCUUGAGAAAAUUCCACUGGAACUGGGUGGCUGCCUUGGCAACCGAUGACAAAUACGGCCGCCAGGCUUUGGAGCUCUUUGUGCCAUUGGCCCUCUCCAAGGAUACGUGCAUCGCGUACGAGGCCAUCCUCCCAAGUGCCCAGGAGAAAAGCGAGAGGCGAGAGCAGCUGGUCAAGAUAACCAGCCAACUGGUGGAAUCCGGCAUCAAAAUCACCGUGGUCUUUGCGCAACCCAACCAAGCCGAGGAGCUGAUGGCGGUCGUGGUUGAAAGAGGCAUCACCGGCAAAGUGUGGAUCGCCAGUCCUGGACAAAGCCAGAGUAACUCCAUCAUCAGCUGGGAAGAUGAACAGUGCCCUGAAUGUGGGAACCUGACCCUGGCCAAUCUUACAUCCCUCAUCUAUCAGGAAAGGUUCUAUGCGACAUUCAACACCUACAAAGCCAUCUAUGUCAUUGCCCACGCGCUGCAUCAGCUGCUCCAGUGCAACACGACAAGCCAGAAAUGUAACGCAGACCAAGAGGUCUACCCUUGGCAGCUGCUGGAAGAAAUAGCCAAUGUUAACUUCACCGUUGAAUCCCAGCCGGUCUAUUUCAGCAAGACGGGCAAUCCGCCAACAGGCUACGAUCUGGUUCUCUGGAGCUGGAACGCAACCAGAGUCCCCGAGUUUAUUUCCAUCGGCAGCUAUGAUGCUUUGCAACGGGAGCUCACGGUGGAUGAAUCCAAGAUUCAGUGGCAUACAAGAGAUAAAAAGGUUCCCACGUCAAAAUGCUCACAAGACUGCACGGCAGGCCAGAAGAGGCAUCUCAGAGGCGAACACAACUGCUGCUAUCAAUGCGAGGACUGUCCUCCGGGUUACUUCCAGGACAAAAACGAUCCAAAUGAAUGCGCCAAGUGCUUCGAACACCAAUGGUUUCUCGAGGAGAACCGCACAUGCCAGGAAAGGACGAUCGAGUACCUGGAGGUGACCGAUUUGCUUCCUAUUGUCAUGGUGGCGCUGACCAUAUUGGCCUUGGUUCAGAUGGCCGUCGUCACAGGCAUCUUCGUCAAAUAUUGGAGCACCCCAGCGAUGCGCUAUGUCGGCAGCUUCCCCACUCUCCUGAUCAUUCUCUCUUCGACUUGCCUCUGCAGCAGCUGCUUCUUCUUCGUCAUCAAGCCCACCGUAUGGGUCUGCAAAUUCCGGCAGCCUUUCUUCUUCAUCAGCUUCACCAUCAGCUUGGCGACGUUGCUCGGGAAGGUCGUGCAAAGCUUCGGACUCGACCAGGCCUUGAAGAGACCUCUGUUGAGGAGACAUUCGCUAGCCCUGUGUGUUCUUCUCAACACGGCCAUUCAAAGUCUUCUGUGCGUCUUCUGGUAUCUCUGGGACCCUCCAUCCUUGGAGGAGAAGACCAACAUGGAGAAAACCAUUCUGUUGCAAUGCCAAGACGUUUCCUUCCCGGGCUUUGGCCUGCUUCUCGCUUACAACUAUGGCCUGUCGGUCGUUUGCUGCAUCUGCUCCUUCUGGGGGAACAACUCGCAGCAGGCGCAGCUCAAAACCUUCAAGGCCAUCAGCUUUGCCAUGGUGCUGAUCAUCAUAAUCUGGACUCUCUUUGUGCCCACCUAUGCCACCUCCCAAGGAAAAUUUGUCUCCUUGUUCCAGGUGUUUGCUGGCCUGGCAAGCGUCUUUGCCAUUUUUGGCUCCUGCUAUUAUCGGGUGUGCUACAUUGCGCUGUUUGUGCCGCACAUGAAUACCGACAGCCAUUUCUGCAGCCAGCCUCAGGAUGCUCCUAUGGAGGAGGACGCCGAUACUGCAGAAAUCAAGUGA